AUGGCGGAGCCCUCGGCCCCGGAGAGCAAGCACAAGUCGUCCCUCAACUCGUCUCCGUGGAGCGGCCUCAUGGCCCUGGGCAACAGCCGGCACGGCCACCACGGGCCCGGGGCCCAGUGCGCGCACAAGGCGGCGGGCGGCGUGGCGGCGCCGCCGAAGCCGGCCCCCGCGGGGCUGUCCGGGGGGCUGUCGCAGCCGGCCGGCUGGCAGUCGCUGCUCUCCUUCACCAUCCUCUUCCUGGCCUGGCUGGCCGGCUUCAGCUCGCGCCUCUUCGCCGUCAUUCGCUUCGAAAGCAUCAUCCACGAGUUCGACCCGUGGUUUAACUAUAGAUCAACACAUCAUCUUGCGUCUCAUGGGUUCUAUGAAUUUCUAAAUUGGUUUGAUGAAAGAGCAUGGUAUCCUCUAGGAAGAAUAGUAGGUGGUACUGUUUACCCAGGGUUGAUGAUAACAGCUGGCCUUAUCCACUGGAUUUUAAAUACAUUGAACAUAACAGUUCACAUAAGAGAUGUAUGUGUAUUCCUUGCACCAACUUUUAGCGGCCUUACCUCUAUAUCUACUUUCCUGCUCACCAGAGAACUUUGGAAUCAAGGAGCAGGACUUUUAGCUGCUUGUUUUAUUGCUAUUGUACCAGGUUACAUUUCUCGGUCAGUAGCUGGAUCCUUUGAUAACGAAGGCAUUGCUAUUUUUGCACUUCAGUUCACAUAUUACUUAUGGGUAAAAUCUGUAAAAACUGGUUCUGUUUUUUGGACAGUGUGCUGCUGCUUAUCGUAUUUCUAUAUGGUCUCUGCUUGGGGUGGUUAUGUGUUUAUUAUCAACCUUAUUCCACUGCAUGUAUUUGUGUUAUUACUGAUGCAGAGAUACAGCAAAAGAGUCUACAUAGCAUAUAGCACUUUCUACAUUGUGGGUUUAAUAUUAUCCAUGCAGAUACCCUUUGUGGGAUUCCAGCCAAUCAGAACAAGUGAACACAUGGCAGCUGCAGGUGUAUUUGCACUGUUGCAAGCUUAUGCUUUCUUGCAGUAUCUGAGAGAUCGGUUAACAAAACAAGAGUUCCAGACCCUUUUCUUUUUGGGUGUAUCAGUAGCUGCAGGCGCUGUGUUCCUUAGUGUCAUCUAUUUGACUUAUACAGGUUACAUUGCACCAUGGAGUGGCAGGUUUUAUUCCUUGUGGGACACUGGGUAUGCAAAAAUACAUAUUCCAAUUAUUGCAUCAGUGUCUGAGCAUCAACCUACGACUUGGGUGUCUUUCUUCUUUGAUCUACAUAUUCUUGUGUGUACCUUCCCAGCAGGCCUAUGGUUCUGCAUUAAAAAUAUCAACGAUGAAAGAGUGUUUGUUGCUCUGUAUGCCAUCAGCGCUGUCUACUUUGCUGGAGUGAUGGUGCGGCUGAUGUUGACUUUGACUCCUGUCGUCUGUAUGCUGUCUGCAAUUGCCUUCUCUAAUGUUUUUGAGCACUAUUUGGGGGAUGACAUGAAAAGGGAAAACCCACCUGUGGAGGACAGCAGUGAUGAGGAUGACAAAAGAAACCCAGGAAAUUUGUAUGAUAAGGCAGGUAAAGUGAGGAAACAUGUAACUGAGCAGGAAAAAACUGAAGAGGGACUAGGUCCUAAUAUAAAAAGCAUUGUCACCAUGUUGAUGCUGAUGCUAUUGAUGAUGUUUGCAGUUCACUGUACCUGGGUCACAAGCAAUGCCUAUUCUAGUCCAAGUGUGGUCCUGGCCUCUUACAAUCAUGAUGGCACCAGGAAUAUCUUAGAUGAUUUUAGAGAAGCUUACUUUUGGCUAAGGCAAAAUACAGAUGAACAUGCCCGAGUGAUGUCUUGGUGGGAUUAUGGCUACCAGAUAGCUGGAAUGGCUAAUAGAACUACUUUGGUGGAUAAUAAUACCUGGAAUAACAGCCACAUAGCACUGGUGGGAAAAGCUAUGUCUUCAAAUGAAACAGCAGCCUAUAAAAUCAUGAGGAGUCUGGAUGUAGAUUAUGUUUUGGUAAUUUUUGGAGGGGUUAUUGGCUAUUCUGGUGAUGACAUCAACAAGUUCCUGUGGAUGGUUAGGAUAGCUGAAGGAGAACAUCCAAAGGACAUUCGGGAAAGUGACUAUUUCACCCCACAAGGAGAAUUCCGUGUAGACAAAGCAGGAUCCCCCACUUUAUUGAAUUGCCUUAUGUAUAAAAUGUCAUAUUACCGAUUUGGGGAAAUGCAGCUGGAUUUUCGUACACCCCCAGGUUUUGAUCGAACACGUAAUGCUGAGAUUGGAAACAAGGACAUUAAAUUCAAACAUUUGGAGGAGGCCUUUACAUCAGAACACUGGCUUGUAAGGAUAUAUAAAGUGAAAGCGCCUGAUAACAGGGAAACACUGGACCACAAACCUCGAGUCACCAACAUUUUCCCAAAACAGAAGUAUUUGUCAAAGAAGACUACGAAAAGGAAGCGUGGCUACAUUAAAAAUAAGCUUGUUUUUAAGAAAGGCAAGAAAAUAUCUAAGAAGACUGUUUAA